CCGGGAGGCGGGCGGCGCCCACCGCGGGUACGCGGCGCCCUCUGCAGGCCGCGGGCGGCGACACACCGGCGGCCUUUCUUCUCUUCCCGCUUCUUCCUUUAGACCACUUUUUCUUUUUUCUUUUUUUCUGUUAGUGUUCACGAGUCUCAGUCUCCGACUUCCGUCUCUUCCUUCCCUUCCCUUCCAGGCUGGGAAUGUCAGUGUCUUCGCCGCAAGGCUGCCAAUAAAGUUUUUUCUCUUCUCGUUCCCAGCAGCCCCGCCUCACCCUAAGUAUCGCGAGAUCUGGCAGUGCGGCUACCAUGGCGGCGGCGUUUGAAGCCCCAGCGGCCUUAGAGACGGUAGACACUGUUAUGCCGGCGAAGCGUGUAGCCUCAUCCGCUGAGCCCACUCCUGAGCCCAUACGGAGCUUGCGGACGGCUCACGACAUCGGCGGACCGCGGACCCGCACCGGGGACGUGCUGCUGGCAGAGCCGGCGGACUUCGAAUCGCUGCUGCUGUCGCGGCCGGUGCUGGAGGGGCUGCGGGCGGCCGGCUUCGAGAGGCCCUCGCCGGUGCAGCUCAAGGCCAUCCCGCUGGGGCGCUGCGGGCUCGAUUUAAUUGUUCAGGCUAAGUCUGGCACUGGAAAAACCUGUGUGUUCUCCACCAUCGCUUUGGAUUCUCUUGUUCUUGAAAACUACAGUACACAGAUUUUAAUCCUGGCUCCUACAAGAGAAAUUGCUGUACAAAUACAUUCUGUUAUCACAGCCAUUGGAAUAAAAAUGGAAGGCUUAGAGUGUCAUGUCUUUAUUGGAGGGACUCCGUUAUCACAAGACAAAAUCAGGCUUAAAAAGUGUCAUAUUGCUGUUGGAUCUCCUGGUAGAAUUAAGCAACUUAUAGAACUUGACUACUUGAAUCCAGGUAGUAUACGUCUCUUUAUUCUUGAUGAAGCUGAUAAGCUUUUAGAAGAAGGCAGCUUUCAGGAGCAAAUAAAUUGGAUUUAUUCUUCCUUACCUGCCAGUAAACAGAUGUUGGCAGUAUCAGCUACUUACCCUGAAUUUUUGGCUAAUGCUUUGACAAGGUAUAUGAGAGAUCCCACCUUUGUAAGAUUGAAUUCUAGUGAUCCAAGUCUCAUAGGUCUGAAGCAAUAUUACAAAGUUGUCAAUGCAUACCCUUUAACCCAUAAGAUUUUUGAGGAUAAGGCUCAGCAUUUACAGGAACUUUUCAGCAGAAUUCCAUUUAAUCAAGCCUUAGUCUUUUCUAAUUUGCACAGCAGAGCACAACAUUUGGCCGAUAUCCUUUCUUCUAAAGGUUUUCCUGCUGAGUGCAUUUCAGGCAACAUGAAUCAGAAUCAGCGUCUUGAUGCUAUGGCUAAACUGAAGCAGUUCCAUUGCAGAGUUCUCAUUUCUACAGAUUUGACCUCUCGCGGCAUUGAUGCUGAGAAGGUGAAUCUGGUUGUCAAUUUGGACGUACCAUUGGACUGGGAGACGUACAUGCAUCGGAUUGGUAGAGCUGGCCGUUUUGGUACAUUGGGACUGACAGUGACCUACUGUUGCCGGGGAGAAGAAGAAAAUAUGAUGAUGAAAAUUGCCCAGAAAUGUAACAUCAACCUUCUCCCUUUACCAGAUCCCAUUCCUCCUGGUCUGAUGGAAGAAUGUUUGGAUUGGGAUGUGGAGGUUAAAGCUGCGAUGCAUACUUAUGGCUUAGCAAGUAUACCAACCCAGCCUCCAAAAAAGCAAAUUCAAAAAGUUGAGAGAGCCUUUCAACCUCAGAAAAUUCAUAGUAACCACAUGACUUCCUCUAGACAUACUUCUGUGUCUGCACUCCCAGUCCAAUCAAAAAAUACCAAACAAAAACUUCUUGCGAAAAGCCACUCAGAGUGUGGAAUCAGAGAAAAAGCGACAUCACCAAAAGAAGUGGGGCAUGCCAUCCAAUUGGAAGAACAGACGAAGAAUUCUGUUGAGCCCCUUGUUGAGAACUCCACAAGCAGUCAGCAUCGGGUCAAAGAAGCUUUACCUGGGUCACUCCCCCAAAUUCCUUGUCUGUCUUCCUUUAAAAUUCAUCAGCCAUGCACUUUGACUUUUGCAGAACUGGUAGACGAUUAUGACCACUAUAUUAAAGAAGGGUUAGAGAAACCUGUGGAAAUCAUCAGACACUACACAGGUCCUGGGGAUCAGACUGUGAACCCUCAAAAUGGCUUUGUGAGAAGUAGAGUUUCUGAAGAUAGAGUACAGAUACUGGCAAGUAGUAGCCAAUCUGGAGACUCAGAGAGUGACAGUGAUUCUUACAGCUCAAGGACUUCCUCCCAGAGCAAAGGAAAUAAGUCAUACUUGGAAGGCUCUUCUGAUACUCAGUUGAAAGACUCAGAAUCUACUCCUGUGGAUGGCCAUAUCUCUUUGGGACAACCUCUGAAUGGAAAUAACACCUCUACUCCAGAGGAAUGUCAAGAAUCACCUGAAAUCCAGAUAAAGGCAAGACAUAAAGAGGGGUCUAACCAAAGAUCUAAGCAAAGCCGGAGAAACCUUCCCAAGCGCUCUUCCUAUAGAUUACAGACAGAACCCCAGGCAGAUAGUUGGCAUGACUGUCAUAGGGAAACACAUCCGAGUUUUUCUGAUACCUACCAGGAUUAUGAGGAGUACUGGAGAGCUUACUAUAGGGCAUGGCAAGAAUAUUAUGCUGCUGCCUCUCAGUCAUACUAUUGGAAUACUCAGAGACAUCCGAGUUGGAUGGCUGCCUAUCAUAUGAAUACAGUUUAUCUACAAGAAAUGAUGCAUGGUAACCAGCGAUUGUAGGAUCUUCCUGAUGAUAGAAACUAUCAACAAGCAAUUUAUAUUUGGAUAUCCAUUCUCCGUAACUUAGAGUGGUAUAUAGUGACAUAUUUGAGGAACUUGAACAGACUUGAGGCUUUCCACUGGAACACAUCUAUUUUUCAGAUUAUUUUGACUUGGUCCAGGUAUAUUACCUGUUUUUUUUUUUUUUUUUUAAGAAACUUCAUCAGAUUCUCAAAAGAGAAUUUUUGGGACAUAAGAGCUAAAGGUCCCGAGGUGUCAUUUUUCUGUAAGCUGUUCCCAAAAGAAACAUUUAAAAAGAUGACAUAUACCACUGCUUACUUAAAAAAAAUAAAAACAGUUAAGAUUUGAAAGUAAUGUUAGUUUACACUGUGGCGUUCUUUACAGGAGGAUUGGGCUGCAUUUCCAUAUGGGUGAAUUCUUGUAGAAAUUUGUAGCGUGGUAGAUCUUUUAGGUUUAGGCAGGAAAGAAUAUUUGGAUAGUUUUAGAUUUUCCCAAAGGUAAUUGAUGUUAUUUGCUCCCAGUAAAAAAUUUCUAUCUAGUAAAAACAAAUUUAAUUA